AUGCACCCAGUUCCUAGAGAGGAGAUUGCCUAUGUGACCUGUACCUACAGGGAAACAUGCGUCGACCAGCCUGACUUCCUGGCCACCGUGGAUCUCAACCCCAGAUCUCCGUGCUACGGCCAGGUGAUCCACCGCCUGCCCAUGCCCAACCUCAAGGACGAGCUGCAUUUCUCGGGGUGGAGCGCUGGCUGCACCUGCCUGGACACUGUCGCAGCAAAAAGGAACAAGCUGAUUCUUCCCGGUUUGAUUUCUUCCCGCAUUUACGUGGUGGAUGUGGGUUCGCAGUGCCGGGCUCCCAAGCUGUGGAAGACGAUUGAGCCAGUGGAUGUCUUCUGGAAGUGCAACAAGGGACACCUGUCUGUAGUUCAUAGCCUGCCUAAUGGUGAUAUACUGAUUUCCAACAUGGGAGACCCGUCUGGCAAUGCCAAAGGCGGAUUUGUUGUGCUGGAUGGAGAGACUCUUGAGGUGAAGGGGAACUGGGAAAACGAGUGUGAAGUCCCCCUGAGUGGGUACGACUUCUGGUACCAGCCACGCCACAAUGUUCUGAUCAGCACUGCUGGGUUAGUCCCAAAAUGUGCAGGACGCGGAUUCGAUCCCAACGACCUGAAGAAAGGGGUCUUUGGGCGCCACCUGAACGUGUGGAACUUGUCCUGCCGCAGCCUCACCCAGUGCUUUGACCUGGGGGAGGACUCUCUGCCCCUGAGUGUCAAAUUCCUGCACAACCCCGAUGCUGCCGAGGGAUACGUCAGCUGUGCCCUGAGCGGCGUCGUCUACCGCUUCUACAAGUGCGAGAGAGAGAACUGGGCGGUGGAAGAGGUGAUUCGGAUACCGGCCAAGGAGGUGACGGGAUGGAUUAUGCCCAAGAUGCCAGCCUUCACGGUCGAGCUGCUCAUCUCGAAGGACGACAGGUACCUGUAUCUCAGCAACUGGCUGCACGGAGACAUCCGCCAGUACGAGCUGUGCAAGACCUGCAAGCCCAGGCUGGUGGGACAGGUGUUUGUGGGCGGCAGCAUCCUCCGGGGUGGACCCGUGGCUGUGUGCAGAGACGAAGAGCUGAAGUGCCAGCCGGAGCCCUUGGUGGUGAAGUGCAAGAGGGUGUACGGCGGCCCCAGUAAGAUGCAGCUCAGCGUGGAUGGCAAGAGGCUGUACGUCACCAACUCCUUCUACAGCUCGUGGGACAAGCAGUUCUACCCGAACUUGGUCAAGUAA